AUGCUAGCACAUUCGAUCAAACGCAGUAGCUGUUAUUCCUUCAACUCCAUAUUAAGAACCCUUCUAAAGUCGGGCAACUUUGAGAAAGCCCUCCACCACUUCGUACAAUUCAGGGACCAAGGCUUCCUUCCAGACAACUACACCAUCCCAUCACUUCUCAAGCUUUUGCAUGAUCUUCACCAGCCUCUGCACUAUCGAGAAAACAUCCAUUCGUUUGCUAUAAAAAAUGGGUAUCUCAAGGACAUCUUUGUCACUACUGGGUUUGUCGAAAUGUACUUCAGUUUUGGUUGUGUUGCUUCUUCACGUCAACUGUUCGACGAAACUCCUAUCAAAGAUGUUGUUUUAUGGACUGCCAUGGUUUCUGGGUUUUCUCACAAUGGGUCAGGGGACCUAGCUGUGAACUUCUUUUCACAGAUGGUCGGAGAAGGAGUGAAACCAAAUCGGAUAACUCUCACCAGUGUUUUAGCUGCUUGUUCGCAGUUAAUGGUGCCUAAUUUAGGCAGGUCUGUCCAUGGGUUCUCCAUCAGAAAUGGUAUUUUUAGUUCCGAUGUUCUUCUGGAGACUGCUUUUGUUGAUAUGUAUGCAAAAAGUAGAAACUUGACAUAUUCGUCUAAGGUUUUUGAGCGGAUGAGAGACCGGAAUUCUGUUACUCGGAAUGCUAUAAUUACAGGUCAUGCUAACAGCCAGUUUCCUGAGCGCACAUUUAGACUUUUUUAG